AUGUCGACGCUCGUCACGACCACCGCCACGGCUGCUACGCUCGAAGUGAUGGCCACAUCGGAGGCGACCGACGGCCAGCGACGUGCGCGCCUCGUGGACCGGAUGAAGUUCCGCCCUCCCGCCUCUGCCCUCACAUCCAGCCGCGCUCUGAUGGCGCGGAAACAUCGUAGGAACACGCGCUCGGGCGACGCCGCCUCUGCAGCUGGUCCCUCUCGUCUUGCUGGAAGGGGAAGCGACGACGACGACGACGAAGAGAGCAGUGAUCAGCACAGCUCGCCCAUCGGGACCUUUGGCGCGCCUCCGAUCGGCCUAGGGAAGCGCAAGCAUGCCGCGGCUGCCGGUCCUUCCAAGCCGGCGCGGUCGACCAAACGAUCCCGUGUUCAGCUCGUGUCCGCACAAUGUGACGUCGAGGAAGCACGGCACGAUACGAGCGGAGACAUCGACGUCUCGGACAUUUCUUGCUUCCCAACCUUGGCCCCGCGUUCCGCCUCGCGAGGGCAGAGCGAGGCCCGUCGUGAGGACGAAGAGAGGGAUGAGAACGGGAACAUCGACGAGCCUGGAUCUCGGCCCGAGUACGACCAGGAUCUCCAGCAAAGUCUGGCGCACGACCUCGGGGACGACACCGGGGCAGCCGCAGUCACGACAGCGAUGCGGACGCCAUCCCUAGCGGCCGACGAAGCCACUUUCUCGAGAUCGAUGGCAAGUAGCCAGGCGCAUCGCAGCAAACGAGUGCCGGAUCACAAGAAGCAAUUGGUGUUUCGCCACGCGGCGCCUGCAACCGCUUCGGUGCGGCAGGACUUCACGCUGUCGAACUCGGCUGCGUCCUACCGCGACGCCCUGCCAGACUGGGCCAGCUCAGCUUCUCUGAUCCUCGCUGAUGAGGCAGCGGACUUGCUCGAGUUCCAGCCAUCGGGCCUACCUUGCUCGGCUUCAUUUGCCGGAUAUGCUGCGAUCGCCGACGCCCGGUCCGACGAGCCAAUUGCGGUCUCGCCAGGAAGCUGCCUCAAUAGUGCCAACCUCCUCAUAGAGCAGUCGACCUGGGAAGCCCGGCUAUGCAGCCCGAGGGCUCGCUACGAGAUCGUCAAGCUGGUCGUGCCCAUCUCGAUCCCGGCCAGCCAUGCCGCGGCGAGCGAUGCGAUCUGGCUCGAUGCAAACUCGACGCCCGCUCCUCACAUACAGAGCGAAGGUCCGAGGAAGCUGGCCUGGCUUCCCGGCACAUUUGCCAGCUUCGCGACAUCACUCGCUGAUCUCUUCGCAUCAGCGUCGAGGAAAGGCAGGACCGAGAGCAUCAUGCUGGGCUACACGGCCCUUCGGCAUCGCAGCGGCACGCCACGCCAAGUCACUAUCUACACCAACCUCGAUCGUCUCGCUGAGCUGCGCGUCUGGCUGGCGCGGCUCGAGGUCGAUGCGCACGGCACCAGACCGUUCCGCCUCGACGGCCACGGGGCCAGACUGGUCGUCAUCGAUGCCAAGCGUCGCCCGCUGCUGGUCUUCUGA